CUGCUCAACAGCCAAUGGACGCACGGCCUCGUUUUGGGUGAUGCAGACAUGGGGUGCAGGGCAUUUUCUUUUUUCUUUUUUUCCCGCGUUUCUUUCUUUUCCCUUCUUUCCCUUCUUUCCUCCACCAACCUUUCCUCGAUCUUUUGCAUCCGUCCUGCCUAUGCUCUCCCAGCUAUUCUCCCAUGCGACUGCCCCUACACCCGGACCCAGAAACACAUAGGCAAUUCAGCUCCAUCCGUAUAUCCACCUUGCAUCCAUUCUAUCCCACGCACUGCACGCACCCCAGGAAUACACAGCCGAGUUCACACGCACUUCUACUUCUUUCCUCGCUGUCCAUACAAGCCUCCAACAGCAAGAGCGGUCGCCAUGGAAGUCAACUCAAGUAAAGAUAGCGACACCUCCCUAGUGGACAUGCCCCGCCAACGCCAACGGUCCGCCCCUCAUCACAGUCACCAAAGCGUGCUCCGAGGGCUCACAGCUUUGCAGACAGUUCCAGCAGCCCGGCAAGCGGCGCUUAAACAUGACAUCUUUGGAUCAGGGAGUUUUGUCCAGCGUAUGGAGCAGCACUGUGAGCUGCGAGGCCACGAUGGGUGUGUCAAUACUCUCGGAUGGGAUGAGACUGGCGAGUUCUUAGUUUCGGGAUCAGAUGACCUGUCAUUAAACAUCUAUCGGCCUCUGGACCCCAAACCACUGGUGCACAAGAUCCCCAGUGGACACACCAGGAACAUCUUCUCGGCAAAGUUUCUCACGAACAGCUCCGCUACUAAAAUCGUCUCAUGUUGCGCGAACGGAACGACACUGUUGACGGACGUGAACAAGUUUGUGGAAAAAUCGCCGCUGGGGGACUGGAUGCCUUCGGCCGGUUUCAGUUGCCACGCUGACAUGGCCAUGACUUAUGAGGUUAUGCCCGAUCUCAUAGACGGGCACAUCUUCUAUGACUGUGCCGACGAUGGCAAGAUCAACCGAUAUGACACACGGAUCAGGACCAGCUGCGAUUGUUUUGAUAGCGAUUCCGACUGCGACCUACAUACUUUCAUCAACAUUAACUCUCGCAUCAACCUAUCUACCUCAAGCAUGUCUGUAAACGAUCGCCUCUUCAGCGCCUUUCAUCGUCGCGGUAUAUCUGCAAUUACUCAGCGACCGGAGAAUCCGCAUUACAUUGCAGCAGCCUGCGGUGACGACACCGUGCGAAUUUACGACAGUAGGAAAGUGAGCGCAAGUGAUCACCGCUCCGGGCAGGUGUACAGUAUUUCACCAUUUGUGCCUAGUGGAUGGGUCAUUGGCGGCGACGGGGAGCUUCAGCGCGGCAACAACAAGGAGAGGAGCUCGAUCGGCACCAGAAUUACAUCGCUCAAGUACGACCCCUGCAGAACUGGCCAGCUCUUGGCGAGCUACAGUCGAGGAAAUUGCUACUUGAUCGAUCCUUCAGGUCUGGUAGGGCGUUUUGAAGAGGGGAUAUCCGGAGGUCCUGCUCUGCGCCGUACAAAGCAUGAGCGAAAUCACGAUGGCGAUGCCAAGGGGAAACGGAGACGGAGCCCUAGCGCGGGGUCCGAUCAUUCAUCUGCGACCAAGAAAUCUCCAGGAUCAUGGUCGCCCACCUUACCGAGGGGACCAUCCGCUUCAGAUACCAGCGCGGGGGAUAGGAAAGAUGAAGCGAUGGUCUCUGUUCCUGGAGCGGGGGCUGGAGGCGAACCAGGCGAGGCGCAGCAGAGUGGACGGUCAGGCCAUGUACGGUUUCGGGUCCAUGGCGAGGACAACGACCAUGCCAGCGAGCGCGGCGGACCUCAAGCCAGUGAUGAACCAAAGGGUGCGAUUCUUCCGACAUCUGAGGAACAAACGGUGGAGGAAGGAGUAAAGAAAAUAGACAAGGAACGCGAGAUUGAAGCUAGCGAAGAGAAGCCCGAGGAAGAUGAUGAUUUUUGGAUGGACACUUCAGACUCAGAGUCCGAGGCAAGUGAAGAGGAGUUGUCCCGUCAAGCUGUCACGGAUGACAAGGAGUAUUGGAUGCGCAGGUCUUACAAUUCUGGAAGGACAGACAUUGUACAAAUGUACUCGGGACAUCGAAACGCAAAGACGAUGAUCAAAGAGGCCAACUUUUUCGGGCCUAACAGCGAGUUUAUAAUGUCUGGUUCGGAUGAUGGACGAAUUUUCUUCUGGGAUAAGAAGACAGGAAAGAUCUUGAACGUCGCCAGGGGCGACAAGCACGUUGUCAACUGUCUACAACCGCAUCCAGUAUCAAGCUUGCUGUUGGCGGCCUCAGGAAUCGAUCAUACCAUCAAGGUCCUUAUGCCUACCGCUGAGGAGCGAGUAGAUCUUUCAAAGAUACGAGGCAUCAAGAGAUCCACCAAAUCUCCACACGAACUUCAGCCAACCAGCUCCACUGAAGCACCACCGAGCGCCAAUCCAAAGGACAAUCUGGAUCCUGAUCAUGCAUACAGCAGUAUCCCGCAGGAGGAUGAGAGUAGCGAUGAUGAUGACGAUGAUGAUGAUGACGAUCGUCUGCCACACCACCUCUUCCUUCAGAUCAUAAGCCAGCUUGUACAGGCACGGGGGCCGAGACACGGGUCAGGUCAGACGUGGACGAUCACUCGCGCACCAGGCCAAACUUACGCCACGCUAGAUACCUCUGACAGUGGCGAUGAGGACCAUGACGAUGAUGAGGACCACGAUGAUGAUGACGAGGGCCAUGGUGACGACGGCGAGGAUCAUGACGAGGACGACGAGUAAGUCGUGUACGGCUGUAAGCGACAGGCUGAUGUUAUAUUUUCAGCAGCAUUUUUUGACCACGACUCCAAGCAACAAGGAACCGGGCUUCGUAUCAUCAAGCAUUGUCAUCUAUUUUCGAGUUGCAUUUAUUUCCGUAAGUCUACUGCGAUUCUAAACGAAUAAAAAAGAAUAA